UCAUAAAACAUUAUUCUAAAAAUCCUUAAUUUAUCUCUUAAAACUUCUCCCCAAAGUGACCUAAUCACCAUAUUCUCUUAGCAAACAUGGACACCUAAGAAAGAACACAAUCUUCACAUCCUACCCUCUUCGCCUUUAAAAAGCACCCAAAAUCCUCCAUUGUUUCUCCCCCUUUCCCUCUUCUUCCUCUUUUGUCUUCCUUCUCUUGCGACAGAGUUUUUGGUUGCUGCUGCUGCUCCUGCGUUUUCUUCAUAAAUUUCUACUUUCUUUUCAAUGGGUUUCUUUGUAGAAGAUUCAGGUGUAAUAGGAACCCAUCUUCUGUACAAGGCAGCUCUUAUUCUAGCAAUCUUGAGAUGGGCUUUGUCUUGGGCUCUCAAAUUCAGAAACAUAAUCCAUUUACCUUCCUCUUCCGCCGAUUCUCUACACCAAUCCCCUCCUCUCCCCUCUUCCCGGCGGAUAAUCGAAGGUCUGAUCUUGACAACGUUCGGUGAUAUCACAGAGAGGUUUUCAGGAGCUUGUGAAACUUGUGCUGUUUGCUUGAGCCAGCUGAAAGAGCAUGAUGAGGUUAGGGAACUCAGAAACUGCUGCCACGUGUUCCAUAAAGAAUGCAUUGAUAGAUGGGUUGAUCAUGAUCACGACCAUGAUCAUGAUGAUAAUCAUAAAACUUGUCCGCUAUGUCGAGCCCCUUUGUUGACCCUUUCACAAAGCUCUGCUUGGAUCAAGUCUGAGCCCAGUUGGGCUGUUGAGAGAAUUCUGUACUUAUUUGGAGACGAUUUGCUUAUGUAAUAAUAGCUGGGCAAGAUUUAAAAAAUAUGCAUUUAUAUAAAUAUUAAAAUUUUAAUUAUUUUAAUCAUUGUAUAUUUAUUUUCAUGCAUAAUCAAAAGUUAAAAAGUCAAUACCCAUGUAAUAAAAAUUCAAAAUUAUUAAUCCAUUUGCUGUGUUUUCGGCCUUCUGUAUGGCCUUUU